CGAAGUCACGUUGGCCCCCACGUUGCGGCGUCCCACAACCCUACUUGGAACGCGCGCAGCGCGGAAGCCGUCGAAGCAGCGUGCCUGGCUCAAACUUCCGCGCGCGAGCGCGCAGCUCUCCAUGUUCGUACACUGCCUCGUAGUUUUACGGUACUGCAGCUACAUACAGCCCCGGUCCCCAAGCGUUCAAGUGUUUUUCGUUUCGAACUGCGGCGGUGCUUCGAACGGCGUGGCCUUCCUGGUUUCUCGAUUUCCCGAUGUGAACGUCGCGGCGGGGUGACAGUUGCAGCUGCUGCAACUGCGCUUUCUCCCGGUUGCUGCUGCUGGACGGUCGAGUUGAACAACCAACCACUCCUGCCGCCCCAUCGCCGCCACUUUCUCGUGGGGGUCUUGCGGGACGGAGAAGUUCGCGAGGAACGGGACAGCGAUGAUCCACUGCAACACUGUGAUCCACUGUGGCUUUCUGAUCGCUUCCGGAUUUGAAACGUAACACACGUGAUAGCUGAUCCGGCCAUCCCUGGAAUCCAUGCAGAUCCAUAUUGCGUCGUCUUUCGCGGCCCUGCGACAGUGAUUACUCCACGUUUAGUACGGCUAUUGCGAGACAGUUCGCGAUCAAGGCCUGUGAUACACUUGCCAUAUAGACCAGCUCCUUGAGCGACACUUGGGACCAGUGACAUCCGUGCUUUUCGCUGCCUUCCUGGUUGGUUGCUCAUCGAGCGACCGUCUACAAGCCGUCGAAGGAAAGCGUGAAGCGACGGCUUGUUUCGCUACGCCAGUUGUCGUUUUCAAGUUGGACACGUUUCGCCGGCGUCGUGCUUCGCCGCCCGUGUUGUGCUUCACAGGCUGCUUGCUGCCUUCUCGUUUUCGCUCAGUCGUCGCCGUCAAUUAACUUGCCGCGUUAGCGGCUUUUCGAGGGUGGCUCCCCUCAACCGGUUCUCCCGGUUCACGCGGCUCGGAGAGACAAUGCCCGGAUGUGAGGACGGCGCCGACACGCGGAUCGCGUUCCGGUGAUGCGCACGCGCCGAAGCCAGAGCGCGCCUUUCCGGCCAUGACCUGACGUCGUUGUGCAAUCGUUACACAGGGGAGCAAGGUGCUGGGAGAGAGACGCUCGAUGCUAUGCGGGUCAUCAUGCUGCGGCAGAAGAACUUCAAGUACUUCUACUUCGUAGCCGCCAUCUUUUCGCUCAGUCUUCUCCUCCUAUCCCUGCUGAAGACUGGUGUGAGCAACGACGACAACGCGAUCGCGCCCGCGUCGCUGCCCUUCGGCGACGCGGACGCCUUGGCGUCGUCGACGACGUACAGGAUCCUCAUCUGGGACGUCGGCAAGCGCAUGGCGAGACGGUUCCUGCGCUCCUUCGGCGACACCGAGAAGGACCCGUUCGCGUUGUGCAGCGUACGCAACUGCGUCCUGGAAACCUCCAACGACAGGAUCGCCGACGCGGACGCCGUCAUGUUUCACCUGCACCUCACCAAGGGACCCCACACGCUGCCAAACUCCCGCAGGAGACCCGGCCAGUUCUGGAUCUUCUUCACCGACGAGUCCCCGCUGCACACUUUCCUGCUUACCAGGCGCUACAACAUGAGUCACUACAACGGCCUCUUCAACCUGAGCAUGACAUACCGCGGCGACUCCGACGUGCCGGUGCCUUACGGCCGGACGGUCCAGCUGCCCGAACCUCCCGGCGAGCCGGAGGUCGCGGUGCAGCGAGACUACGCGGCCUCGAAGAACAAGCUGGUCGCCAUCUUGGGCAGCAACUGUGGCGGGGCCAACUUGCGCUGGCCGUACGUCAAGGAGCUGGCCAAGCACGUCAAGGUGGACGUCUACGGCGGCUGCGGCACCAAGGUCUGUCCGGGACACUUCACGCGCGACUGUGACGCCACCAGAGGUUACAAGUUUUACCUGGCGUUCGAGAACAGCAACUGCCGCGAGUACGUGACCGAGAAGCUCUGGUGGAACGCCUACCACAAGGAGGUCGUGCCCGUGGUCAUGGGCGCGUCCCAGCAGGAGUACGCCAGGCUGGCGCCGCCGCACUCGUUCAUCCACGUGGAAGACUUCAGGGAUCCCCAAGACCUUGCCAGGUACCUGCUGUACUUGGACGGCAACGCGAGCGCCUACAACGAGUAUUUCGCGUGGAAGAGAAAGUACGUCGUGAGAAACGAGCACGGCUACUUUGGCUCCCCGUCGCUUCAUUUAUGUCGAAUGUGCGAGGCUGUGAAUCGCCUUCAGGGCACGACCAAGGUCUACAACAACCUCGAGAGCUUCUGGAAUCCGAAGACAGACUGCCGGCCCCCCGUGUGGGUGCCUACUUACUAAAGCGUGUGAUAUGUAAUAUGUCCUUUUGUACGUUAGGUUAUGUUCUUUUUUCAAUGGUGAUAUACCCAUGGACUCGCAUUUCGACUUUCGCGUGGCGAACGUCUAGUCACGAAACAAAGCUAUGUUGCGUGAUGAUUGCGUGCGCGGGAGCUUCCCGCGCAAGGACACUUAGUUGUGCGGCUUACAUUUAUAAGCUUCGAACGGGAUCGUGUGUAGCCGUUCGUGGUAUGUUUGUGCAAACGCGGUUCCUGUUUAUUGACAAUUCUAGUCACCUUCCCUGGACGGUUACCUACAUAAAGAAUUUGUUUCUAUGUUCAUGUCACCUGUUUUUGUUUAUGGGCGAUUGUGUAUCAUGGCGUUUAGGCCGCAUAACGUAUUCGCCCGCUUAAUUACAGCAUCGAAUAAACAGUGCCCUGUGGUCCAAGCGCGUUCGUGCAUGUGAAAGUGGGUACAGGAAAUGCAUUAAAGUGGAGGUUAUUCUUA